AAAGGCGGCGGGCGGGAGGGCGGCGGCGGCAGCAGCGGCGGCGGGAGCGGGAGAUGGCCGGCCCGCAGCAGGCCCCGCACCUCCACCUGGCCGAGCUCACCGCCUCCCAGUUCCUCGACGUCUGGCGACAUUUCGACGCGGACGGAAAUGGCUACAUCGAAGGCAAAGAGCUGGAAAACUUCUUCCAGGAGCUGGAAAGUGCAAGGAAGGGGGCGGGUGUGCCGGACUCCAAGAACGACGACUUGGGUGACAAGAUGAAGGAGUUCAUGCACAAGUACGACAAAAACGCGGAUGGCAAAAUUGAGAUGGCGGAGCUGGCCCAGAUCCUGCCCACGGAGGAGAAUUUCCUGCUGUGUUUCCGCCAGCAUGUGGGCUCCAGCUCGGAGUUCAUGGAGGCUUGGCGCAGGUACGACACGGACCGCAGCGGCUACAUCGAAGCCAACGAGCUCAAGGGCUUCUUGUCGGACCUGCUGAAGAAGGCGAACCGGCCCUAUGAUGAGCCCAAGCUGCAGGAGUACACGCAGACCAUUCUGCGGAUGUUCGACAUGAACGGUGAUGGGAAGCUGGGCCUCUCGGAGAUGUCCCGACUUUUGCCCGUGCAAGAAAACUUCCUUCUGAAGUUCCAGGGGAUGAAGCUGUCCUCGGAGGAGUUCAACGCCAUCUUCGCCUUCUAUGACAAGGAUGGAAGUGGCUUCAUUGACGAGAAUGAGCUGGACGCGCUUUUGAAAGACCUGUACGAGAAGAAUAAGAAAGAGAUGAACAUCCAACAGCUCACCAACUACAGGAAGAGCAUCAUGAACCUCUCUGAUGGGGGCAAACUCUACCGCAAGGAACUGGAGAUCGUGCUCUGCAAUGAGCCCCCCAUGUAGGACCCCCCCCCACCCCAAGCUCUUCCUCACCGAAAAACAAGCACAGUGGGGGAGCACCCACCACUGCAGCGCUGGCGGGGGGGUUGCGGGGGGUGGGGGUGGGCGCUGAGCCCCCACUGGGGGCUCAGCGCCCAUGCCCCCCACCCCACCCCCUGCUGGCGCUCACCCAGCAGCUCUUGGGUUUGCUGUAGAUUGUUAAAAUCCCACCUUGGGGGAAAACCCUUAUUUUAUUUUAUUUUUUUU